AUGGACACAUCACAGUUUUUGCAUGGUCAAGCCGAUAGAAUGGAAUGUUGGGACGAUGACCCCGACUUUGCCGGAAUUGAUCCAACCUUUACACAACCUCUACCCACAUCUUCUCCCAAAAAUAACAAGCGAACAAGCCUUGACAACCGCGAUCGUCGCGAAUCCAUAUCAUCGCGAAUGUCCAUGCAGUCCAGCAGCUAUGACUUUGACUCCCCCGAAAGUGGGGAUCACGAGAGACAGGUUCUCCUAGAUGAAUCACCAGCGGCCGCGAUCGCCUCCGCUAUUAAUGCAGGAAUACCGAUACCUGAAAAUGUCCCCUCGUCUGCGCUAAUUGGAGGAACCAUUAAGAGGCUAGGGACAACGAAGAAAGCCAGGAAAAUUGCGACCCAUGAUGACUGGGGGGAAGACUUGGAACUACCCAUUUCGGGCAUGUCACUAAAAGUUCGUGGUCAGGGGGGUCUCGAGUUUCCAGAUACACUGCAGCAGAUUUUAUCGGAGUCGAGGCCUCCGUCUAGGACGAAUGUGAUACUUCCACAGUCGGCUUCAGCACAAUUGAAUAAGUAUCGUGAGGUGGAAGAUGGUGAUGACUUUUUUGCUGAUACCGACGAUCUCCCGACUCCGAGGCUCUCGCCCGCUAGACAUACUCUCCAGCAGCAAAAGUCUAACGCUUCCCUCUUGCUUACACCGCCUUUGUCCGAAUCAGCCACCAGAGGAUCCCCCUCAGUAGACGACGAUUUUGAGAAUGAUUUCGAAUUUCCUGCGGAUGCUCCUCUACAACUGAAUAUUAAGACGGGUGAAAGUAAUAGGCAUCAGGUUCAGGUUUUGGAUAGUGAUUCUGAAGAUUGGGCAGAGGGUGGUAGUUUGGGAACGAGGUUUGGAGGAACAAGUAGACUUGGCUCGUCCAUAAUCUCGCCAAGCGUCUCGAGCGUUGCUGCCGAGAGCGAAGACGAGGCACCAUUGGAUGGAUUAGAGUUGCCCUCAGGAAAUUUACCAGAUCUUGCAGUAAUUCUCGAACGGCAAAAACGUGCAUCGUAUCCUAUGGAUGCUAGCACCAGUUUCGAAACGAAAGAAGACCUAGCAUCCAAGGAAGAAUUUUUCGAAGGCAUAGAAAUCGGAGAAGGAGAGGAGGUAUUUGACUCAAGGAAAUUAACGUUAAAUCGGAACGUUAAACACAAGCCAUCCACAAGGAAAACAAGUCCCGUUAGGAGAUCUGCAAUGAGCCUGACUUUCACAACAAACAAAUCAGCGACGGAGAGCACGCCCUCUGCCGGAACGGGGUCAAGAAGUAAUAGACUGCUUCACGGCCAUCCGACGUUGGCACCGCCAAUACCAAUAUUGGAGCCUGUGGCUGAGAGAGAAAACCAACCUGCAGAAAAUAUCUCUAGCACUAGUACGACAACCAAUGCCCAAUUGUUGAGGAUGAAGCGUUCAAUGCCUAACAUCGGUCGCGCUGCAGUAUCAACUCCUGCCAAACAACCGAGGCCUCCAAGCCGCAGCAGUGCAGGUAGGCCCCCGAGCAGUAACAGUCAGGGUAGACCUCCCAGCAGUAGACCGGCUAGCCGUAAUGAAUCCUCGAGAUCAAAGGUUUCUGGCGAUAGGAUGGAUAUUGGAGCUGGAAGAAAACCGUCGGUGCCCUUUUUGCCAGCUGGGAGUUCGGUGAGGCAGAGUCAGCAUAUUUCGGCGAAACGGUCUCGCCAAACGUUCGACUACAAAGAGUCCAUUGCGGCUGAAAGACGCACAAAUAGCCGUCUACAGCAGCGAACGCCACGCCACUCACCAUCUUCGUCCACCGCAUCGGCGAAGGCAAAAAGAGCAACACCCACAGUUGCCCCAGAACACCUAAGGAGAGAAGCAGCCGCGAUUGAAACGUUGACUCAGCCGACAAGGAAAAGGAACUUUGGUGAUGGCACAGAACUGGAAAUUUUCGACGAUUUACCAACAAGUGCCAAGCUUGAGAAUCGGUUUGUAGUUGCACCUGCGGGCCGUGGGGCACCCGAGGCAACAAAAUCCAGGAGCGUACCUGUCCACGGGACUACAGGGAGAGAUGGAGAAAGCCCCUCUAAGAGGAUUGACCUGACCAACCGCUUCGGGGAAGUUCCAAGGUUCGCUAGAGACACUAAUGCAUCCAGGAAUGCACGCGAGCAGAGAACUGGGCAUCCGCCCGGGGGCGGGGCCAAUCCAAGCAUUAAUCAUUGGAAGGCACAAGUUGCCGCUCGCGGCACUGCGGGUCCAAAAAGCCGCCGGAAGCCACAGCAGAAACCACACCUUAUCAAGCCAAUGGGUAAUGUAAACAGUCUCCCUAAAGUGACCGCGGUUAAUGGGAUGACAUAUAACCCCAAGACAUACAAGUGGGAAGGGAACGAGGGUGACGUAAAAGGGUUCGAAACACAAAAUCCCACGCCACCUCGCCCUGCCUUGAUCGCCAAUGUCAACCAGAACGGCUCAAAGCUGGGAAUCCAAGUUGUCCGUGGCAUGGUUUUCGAUCCCUCAAGGAUGUGCUGGCUCAAGGUCGAUGAGGACCCCGAUGAAGAGGAGCAUGACCCGUUCGAGGGAUUGGACGACCUCCAGGAUCACGACAUGAUCAGCAUUGAUCGAUACAGUGGGGGUAUGGACGAGGGAUUUGGGGGAAAUGUUUUUGGGGGAAGUGGGAGUGGUGCUGGGGUUGGUGGCCCUCGCGGGACAAGGCUGAGCGGAGGAUUCGGAGAGUUUAUCGUAGGGGAGGAGUUCGAUGUGGGACCCGAGUUUGUCAGACGUCAGCGUGAGGAGGAGGAGCGAUGGCGGAGGAGAGUUGAGGGCUGGGUCUCUCAGGGCGAGGCGAGCAAAUUAGGCAACAAAUGGGCCUUGAGGGAGUUGCUAGCAGACCAGAGGUGAAAAGGCGAAGGGAAAACAAAGGUCGCCGGAAAGGGAACUGCCUCGCCGAAUUUCCUUUCAGUGGAAAACAACUCACCCCCCUUCCUCUGGGGAUGAAGACAAUUGGCUAACCGGACAUCCCCUCUUGUGUACUGGUGAUACCCAUUUUUCCCUGCAUCCCUUCCCUGCCUAUCGGUCGCUGAGUCCACGCCUUUCCGUCUCUUUCCUUGGUUCCUGUACAACAAUAGUCCAAGCUGAUGUUUAUUACUUGGCUCCCGCCUAACCUCUCCCUAAAUUUUGUAUUCUACCUGUACUGUACUUUAUUUCUCAUCUAUAACUGGUAUGGAUGGGUGGGUGGGGUCCGCUAGUCACGGGAUGGCGUGGUAUAUAUUGUUCUUUUAUUUCUUUCUCUAUUGUUCUUUUUCUUUUUGUUUGGGCGGAACGGGCGGAUUUUACUUACUAUACCCCACACGAGUUACACCUCUCCUUUUUAAUUAUUACUUUGGUCCACCCGUCCUCUGCCCAUUUGGUUCGGAUAGUCCUUUUUACUUGGCAGUACUGCGGUGCCGCGCUGGUAUUGUCACUAUUGCAAGCUGCAGUCCUUGGUUACUUUUUUGUAUCUUUUGGAAAGGUUAAUUUCAGAAAGAAAAAAAAGCGGGUAGUCAGCUAUCUUGAGGCAGGUAGGCAGGCAUGCGUCAGACAGGAAGGCGAAAUGCUGGCCAGGAUUAAUUGGGAGGGGUGCAGGAGGCGGUGGAGGAGGGGGUAUUUGAAGAUGCUCGAUUUCAACCAUA